GCAUCUGCCAGACAGUGGAGAAGGAAUGUUGUUCACCUGCACGUGUGUCUGUUCUUCAGGACUCCCACCAUUGUGACAUGGGGUGGGGUGGCCGGAGUUGGGGUGAUCUGGGCCACAGACUGGAAGCUGAUCCUGCAGUACGUUCCCUACAUCGGCGGCAAGUACAAAACUGAAGACUGAGCUUCCCUCUAAUGGAAAUGUCUUGCUGGAGAGAGUGUUUGGAGCCAUCCGUCCACUGAGCCCCUGCUCUGAGGUGACCCUGAAAUGCCCACUGCAGAUCCUGCUGCAGGUUGUGGGGUGUGUGUCUCCCAUGAACAGCUGUGAGCAAAUUUGCCUUCACCCACCACUUCCUCUGACGACUUUCCCAGCAGAUCUUGAACUUAUGGGAAUAAUUUAUAAACCUGAUGUACACAAUAAACCAAGUGAAUGAUA